AUGUUGAAAAGGCUUUUACGUAAUCAUCAUGUCAUUCUCGCCUCUCAAUCUCCGAGACGAAAGAAAAUAUUAAUUGAGAAUGGUGGGCUUGAAUAUGAGAAGGAUUUUUUCGUUAUGCAUUCAGAGUUUGAUGAAAAGUCUUUGGAUAAGAAGAGUUUUCCAACGCCCAAAGAUUUUGUGAUUGAAAAUUCGAGAUUGAAAGCCUUGCAAGUGUUUAAUGCGUGUAAAAAUUCAAAAGAAAAUUUAAUUGUUAUUGGAAGUGAUAGUGUGGUAGUAUAUGAAGAACACAUAUUAGAGAAGCCUGUGAAUGAAAUGGAUGCUGUUAAUAUGCUUCAAAUGUUAAGUGGCAAUACACAUCGAGUUCUGUCCGGAGUUUCAAUUUAUAUCAAAACAGGAGAUGAAGAACAAUUAGUGACAUUUGCAGCAGAGACGACAGUAUUAUUUGACACCCUUACUUUGGAUCACAUUAAAGAGUAUAUUGAAACAGGUGAACCAUUUGACAAAGCUGGUGCCUAUGGUAUUCAGGAUUUAGGAGCUGCCUUUGUGAAAUCCAUUGAAGGAGACUAUCAUACAGUCAUGGGCCUACCAUAUCAUCUCCUCUAUACAAAUUUACGAAGAGUUUUGUCAAAUGAUAAUAACAAAUACUGA